AUUCUAUUUGGCGGGAAGGCGCCAAAAGAAACCCCUCCCACAAUUUGUGACGCCAUCAAAAUAUUGUAUCCAGACACAUCCAAGUGGGUCGUAAUUUAUUUUGCAGUUAAUAUUAUUUAAUGAAUCCUUAUUAUGUGUUAUCUGAAUGUUAAUUUGCUGAUCAAAACAGCUUAUCUAGUGAGUAAGAUUUAAUCAGUGUUAUUGGUGAUUAGUUAGAAUCAGAAGCAGGUUAAGACUAUCAGAGGGUUCAAGGAUGGGGUUAGCUGGUGAUGAGGAAGAUGUUAUUUACAAAAAAUAUCAAGAUGUUUGUAAAAAUCUGAAUAUGGAUUCAGAUACUGUUAAUAAUGCUUGGGAAACCUACACUAAAAUCAAGGAAAUGUAUACAUUGGAGGGAGAUCACUUGCAUUGGCUGGGAUGUGCAUUAUAUGUAGCUUGUCGCAAGGCCACUCCUUCAACUGUAUCUAAAGCAGAUACUCUAAUUGAAGGAAAUUUAGUUAGUCUCUCUAGUCUAUUGAAGCAUUGCAAAUUGCGAUUCACACAAUUUGUGAAUAAAUUUAAACGAUGGUCUGAUAUGGCAAAUAUUGGUAAAGAAUUCCAAGUUAGAAUUGAGCGACUUACCAAGAAUUUCGCUGUGUCAACAACAACAUUUAAGAAAUUCAAGCCAAUCUUUGUGGAUAUGUUCAUAUUCAAUGAACCUCCCAGACAACAGAAGACAAAAAAACAAAGAAACAUACCUUGCAGUGUUUCAAAGCUUUUCAAUUUCACAUGGACUUUGUUUGUGUGUGUAAAAGCGGAAAUACCUGCUUUCAGCGACGAUCUCGUUAACUCCUACCAUCUUCUUCUCUCCUGCUGUGAUCUCAUAUUUUUUAACGCUGUCCUCUCUGAUCGUAGAGAUCUUCUAAAUCCCAGUUUCCCAGGUCUUCCAAAGGACUAUCACGACGAUAAUUACCAGCCACCCUCCGAGCCGCAGUGCAUUAUUCAUGACUUGUGCCAGAAUCAUGAUGGCAUUGCCACAGAGGCGAAAAGCAUCAAGGAAUAUUGUUGGAAGGCGCAGAUUAGGAAAUUAUUCGAGAAGAAGGUUUUGAAGGGAGAUUCUACCAAUUUCAGUGACUUAUUGGAGCCUUCAAAUUUUGAUCAAAACUUCAAGAAUGUAAAUAAGAUGUAUGAAGAAUAUGUUUUGAGUGUCGGAGACAUAGAUGAGAGGUUAUUUAUGGAAGAUGAAAACAAUGAACUGGGAACGCCUUCGAAGAUCAUAUCUCAGAGUGGAAUCGGUGAUUUCGCUGAAAGGCUUCAAGCUAAGAAAGAUCUCAAUUUCAAAAUUGGCAAUAGCCAGCCAUUGUUGGCUACACCAUUAACUGGCCGGAUCUACCUGAGAGGCCGCGAGGGAAGCACCGUGACUCCAGUGUCGACAGCCACGCAGAGUGUCAGCCGCCUGCAGAACAUGCUCAACGGCCGGCAGGCUUGUCCCAGCGAAAAUCUGCGCAAUAUAAUCUCCCUGUGCGCGGACAACCCGGGCAUAGAGCAGCGCGUGCAGGAGAUGGGCGCCCUGUUCUGUUCGCGGUACUCGCAGUCGACGGCGGCGGCGGCGGCGGCAGAUGAUCAAUCGCAGCAGCCGCAGUGCGACUCUCAGCAGGACUUUGCACGCAACCGCCUCCAGCUGGCCGUCUGCCUCUACUACAAACUGCUCGACAACAUCAUCUCCGAGGAAAUAAAGCGGACCAACUUCGAUUGCAAUCACUUACUAAACCAGAGCAUAUUCCAUCUCACCAUGUUCGCUUGCUGUCUGGAAAUUGUAAUCUAUUCUUACAAUUCUCAGAGGACGUUUCCUUGGGUUUUGGAAGCACUCAACAUUGAGCCGUAUCAUUUCUACAAGGUCAUUGAAAUCAUUGUAAGAGCUGAAGACCAACUCUCAAGGGAUAUGGUCAAACAUCUGAAUAUGGUAGAAGAACAGAUUUUAGAGUCGUUGGCGUGGAAGAAUAGCAGUCCCCUUUGGGAGAUUCUGGCGAAGACCAAUCAGCCAGUUCCUUCGUGUGAGGAUGUCUCCCUUCCCAGUCAGUUGCAGGACCACAUGAAGACCAGCUCCUCUCAGAAUGGCACGGCUCCCAAGAGUGACUCAACCAAAGAAGCAUCAACUCCAGUUGCAUCGGUCUCGGAAAGAUUCCAAUCGCCAUUGGCGAUGAGCAUUGGCAAGAGGCCGUGGCGGCUAGUUGAGGCCAACAGUGUUCUCAAAUCCAUCAAACCUGGCCAGUCGUUGCUGCAGUUGCCAAACAAUUCAUCCAAGGUCACCGCUGUUAGUCUUCCAGCUGGAGAGGAAAAGGAUGUGAAAAAGUAUAUACCAAUAACAAUCAGUGGUUCUUCGGGCAGCUUCAUCAUACAAGCUAAGAGCAUUCAAAGUAAAAAAACAGAAGGUGCAGAUAAACCAGAAAGUAGUGAAAAAACCGUGAGUCAGAAAGAAAAUAAACCAAAACGAACUGGUUCGUUGGCUCUGUUCUUCAGAAAAUUCUACCAUUUGGCGUCGGUUCGUAUGCAUGAGCUGUGCAAUCAAUUGAAUCUAAUGGACACUGAACAACGCAGAAAGAUAUGGACGUGCUUUGAGCAUUCAAUUGUUGAAAACAUUCAUCUGAUGAUUGACAGACAUCUCGACCAGAUCAUAAUGUGCUCAGUUUAUGUCAUUUGCAAGGUUGUGGGACCAGAUAGAACGUUUACUGAAGUGAUGAAAUGCUAUCGCCUCCAGCCACAGUGCAAUUCCAACGUCUAUCGCAAUGUGUUGCUCACAAGCGAUGCCAGCAAAACGAACGCCUAUACAUUGUCCCUCAAGAAAGAUGAAGCCCAAAAGGAGGAGGAAAAUAACGAGAUCCCACAGCAGAAAGAAACCAGAGGAGAUCUCAUUAAGUUCUACAACACUGUCUAUGUAAGAAGUGUACAACCCUUUGUUCUGCGUUUCAACCAAAAGGGUCGAAGUGAAGAGUUGACGCUGUCGCCGCUGCUGGUUGGAAAGUCGACGCCGAUGUCGCCGCGACGCCGCGUCUCCGAGAAGCACUCAGUCUACAUCCGACCGCUGGCCACCUCAGAGUCCGUCCCACCCUCCCCCAACACCCCCAUCCGAUCUCUCAGCUACUGCUUCAGCCGGAGUCCCGCCAAGGACCUGCGCGCAAUCAACACAAUGAUCCAGGUGGAGUGCAACAGGAAAAUUGGGAAGAGGCUUCUGGAUGAGAACGAGGAAGUGACGCCAGCCAAGCGACCGGCCUGCCAGGCGGUCAAUCGCAAAAUGGCCGACAUCUUUGUUGAUCGGCUCUGUGCCAAGAAGACCGGCAAAGAGUAGAUUCACAGUUUAGGGCUUUCACCUUCCAGAAUAUGUUUUAUUUUAUUUGGAAGAAUCCAACAUGCAGUGAAGAAAGAAGAAGGUUAAGAUACUGAAAAUAGAAGAUACAUUAUUUUCCAUUCUUGGCAUCUCCUUUAAUACAGAUAUAGUUUUAUUUACAACUGUUUGUAAUGUUGUUCUUCUUUCUGUUUCUCGAUUACGAGUUCACGAAAACGUAAAAAUAUCUCUUGAUGUUCUAUUACUCGGUGUUCCUGAUUUGUGCUGCACACGAUAUUGAAAAUGCAUUUUUACAUAUUUUUAUUGUAUUAUGUAACCUGUCUUUUAGUUAAUAUUAAUUAAUCAUGGCAUCAUGACUCCUCAAUGAUAAUUAUUAAUUUCAUUUGAACAAUUUUAUUCUAAUAAAUAUAUAAUAUUCCAUGGUAUGGAUAGCUGAAACUUUCAAUUGGAAUGACAAGUUUUCAAAGCUAAAUUCUUCUUUGACAUUAGUUUGGAAGAAAAUAGACUAUUAUCAUUGUAUUUUUGUUUUCAAUAAUCAAUAAAAAAGAUAUUAGUCAUGUAACAUCAAUCAUGAUUUAUAAUUGAAGAUAUUAUUGAGCAAACUGAGAAUGAUAGUUCUUAAAAGUUCAAUUGUGAAGAAGUAGCAUUUUUUGGCAAUGCUGUUCCAGGUGAGGAGUGCUGCCGCCACACGGAAUGCCAAUUGAACCUAUGAUCGAUACAGUGAUAGCCAAUCAAUUAGCUUAACUAUAUUAUGUUGCCAACUAACUACACUUACAAACAUUUGAAAUAGCUUAUUAUUAUUAUUAUUCAGUUAAUAAGUCCUAAAAUUAAAUAAAUAAUAAUUGAUAUUUAUUUAAUAAUUAAUUAAAUUAAUUGGUUAAAAGUAUCAAAUAAAGAAAAUAAAUCUAUAAAUAAACAAUUACAAUAUUCAAUCUCCAAUGCUGCAAUAAAUCACAUUCUCUCCACUGUUUUAAAAUCUCCUUCAUUACUUUUAAUCGAUUUACAGUUAAUUAUACUUAUUUGAUAUUAUAAAUCCCAGCUGAUAUUUGAUUCAUACCUCUUUAAAAAUACUCAUUGUUUUCUUUAUUGAAAUAUUUAUUUUAUCAUCCUUAAAAAUGAUUUUUAAACAUGAUCUUUUAAGAUUCAUCGAAUGGUGAAUGCAUCUCUUAAUGAUACUACUUAUGUCCUUCUAGGAAAGUGAGUGGUAGAUGGUUUGUUCCAACUCAAUUUGAGCUAAGGGCAAAACGUUAAAUAAAACGGCAAUGAUUAAUUUUCACAUUGUAUUAAGAUUUUAAAUUUUUUUAAUUUUCAUUUUUAAGUUUAUUUUUAGUUUUUAAUCGUUUUAACCAAUUCAAGCGAAUACAAUAAAGAAAUAAAUUUACAUGAUGGAACAAAUGAGAGCCAAUUUAUCAUUCUACUGCUUUAUUUCUAAUUUCAAAACUUGUAGCUAUUUGCACUAAUGGUAUUGGUGCCACCACUUUAUAUUAUGGAAAUGAAUAUCAAUGAAAGUUGCAUAAUGGAUAGCUUUCAAUAGGUACUGUAGAUUUUAAUUAUUCUCUAAUUUAGAUUAGUCUAUGUAUAAUUAUUUUACACAUAUAUUUUUAAAGAAUAGAUAGUGUUUAUGUAUAUGAUAUAACUGAAAAAAUAUUUAUUAUUUUGUUAUAGCUCUGCUUGAGCUGAUAUUUUUAAAAAUUAAGUUUUAAUGUACAACUCAACCUUUUUUAAAGGCCCUGUCGACAGUGAGGCUCACUCCAUUUGGAAUGAAACUUGAGAUUACUUUGCGUCGUGAGGUUAUUGAAGCUUGUGUGAAGUACUCUAUGUUGUUCAUCAUUGAUCUCUUUACUUAGUUUUCAUGUUAUGAAAUCAUCGCAUUAGCGUAAUUUUGUAAAUAGUUGAUGGGAUACAUCACUAUUAUACAACUAAUGAAAUGACAACUUACUCAUUACUAUGUCACUGCAAAUCAGAAAUCGCUUUUAUCAUAGUUUUUUAACUAGAUUUAUGAUCACUUCUAGAAACCGUUAUUUGUAUUUUUUGAUUGCUAUAAAAAAUAGCACACCUGCAAUCCUUUCCCUAAUAGAGUCACCUGUAUGCUAAUUGCAAUAAAUAAAAGAGUCUUAAUAUUGA